AUGUACUGGAUUAAUAUCGGACGUCGUGAGUUAAUGCAGUUUCCGUCACUGACCACUGUGGACAUCGAACUGAAAGUUGAUGAUCUUUCUGUGUAUGUUGAGCAUUUGAAACAUUUGUACAGUGAUAUGCAAGUUCGGUUCAGCGACCUGCUAGAGAUGAACAUUCCAGGUUGGGUGGUGGACCCAUUUAGGGUAAAUGCAGUUGAUGUUGACAUUACAGUACAAGAAAGUCUCAUUGAGCUACAAAGUGAUAUAACAGCUCAACCUAGAUUCAAACAUGGCACACCUAAUUUAUGGAUAAGCAGUGAAAUGGUUAGGAAGCUUCCUCUGCUCCGGGACAAAGCUAAAUUGUAUUGUAUUGCUUUUCCCGCUUCUUAUCUUGUUGAAUGUGGGUUUAGUCGGGUGGCUUAUCUGCUAUCAAAAGCUCGUAACCGCCUUGAUAUUGUGGGGAGAGGUGAUUCUCGUUUGUCACUCACAAUGAUGCAGCCAGAUAUUGAGAAACUGGCAAGUUUGCAUCAGCCACAAGGGUCACACUGA